AUAAAGUUUUAUUGAAAUAUUUUGUUUUUCACUUCCUGGUUGUAAAGAUGGCUUCUCAGGUUGUGCUGCAAGCGGUUCCCGACUCUCUUUCUGCUAAAUAUAAAGGAACCUUUGCAUAUUUAACCAUCAGAGACAGACUGCCAACGAUUCUGACUAAGGUUAUUGAUACAAUCCAUCGAAAUAAAAACAAGUUCUUUGAAGAGCAUGGAGAGGAGGGUGUGGAGGCUGAAAAGAGAGCAAUUUCCCUCCUUUCCAAGUUACGAAACGAGCUACAGACAGACAAGCCAGUACUUCCUCUGAGUGAUGGGCUCCUGGACAUGGAGCAGUGGAACCAGUAUGUAGAGAGGCAACAGGCAUUACUGGAUGGGGACGAGACCCCCAGCUGGUUCAAGUCACCUUGGCUUUACAUGGAGUGCUACAUGUACAGAAGAAUUCAGGAAUCUGUGAAACUUAAUCCUCCGAUUUGUGACUUUGAUGUGUUUGAGGAAGGGAAGACUCACAGCUUUUUUGAGUCUCAACAGGCCAUAAUGGCGAUUUGCACUUAUCUACAAGGUCUGCAUAAAAACAUGGAAGAUCUGUCCGAGGAGCAGCUGUUGGAGCAAUUUCUGAAACUGGUGCAGGUGUCCUUGUGGGGAAACAAGUGUGACCUUUCCAUUUCUGCUGGGCAGGACAACUCCCAAAAGUCUAGUCCAAUAGAUUCCCUAGAGACUCUGAAACAUAUGAUCUUGGUAGAUGAUUCAAGAUUGGUUUGGUCAAUGCUGAUGAACAGCAGGGCGGCAGGCGGUCCUGUGAAACCCGGAGCAAGAGUGGACAUCGUCCUCGACAAUGCCGGCUUUGAGCUCGUCACAGACCUGGUCCUGGCCGACUUUCUGCUGGCUUCCAAACUUGCCUCAGAAAUCCACUUCCAUGGGAAGUGCAUACCUUGGUUUGUCUCCGACACUACGAGAAAGGAUUUUGAGUGGACGAUGAGACAGGUCCAGUCAGCCAAUCAUAAAUGGAUGUCCAAGUGUGGCUUUCAGUGGCAAGGCUACAUGAAACAAGGUACCUGGGUGUACCACGAUCAUCCUUUCUGGACUCUUCCACAUGAGUUUUGUGACAUGUCUAAAGAUGCUCCUGAUCUAUAUGCCAAGCUACAGAAGUCUGAUUUAAUAUUUUUCAAGGGUGAUCUGAACUAUAGGAAAUUGACAGGUGACAGAAGGUGGGAUUAUACAGUCUCUUUUGAUAAAGUUUUGCGAGGGUUUCAACCAGCACCGCUUUGCAGUUUGAGAACAUUGAAAGCAGAUGUACAAGUGGGUCUCAGGCCUGGGCAGGGUGAGAAGCUGGCUGCUACAGAUCCUGACUGGAUGACCAGUGGAAAAUAUGCAGUAAUCCAGUUCAGCAGUCCUUACAAGGAAUAGUUUAUUUUAAUUGAGAGUUGCUUAUUGUUUACUAAGAGGUAUUGGUAAUUUAUCAUUGGUAUUAUAAAGUGGUAAUAACUUGAUUUGGCAGUAAGUUUCAGAAAUCGUUUCUCAGUUUUCUGCAGGUCUUUCUUUUAUUCUGAUCAAUUCUUUGUUGAUUGAGCAUUAAAAGGUCAAUUACUAUGUUUAAGAGUACACUCACUACUCACCAAUGCUUCCUGAACUUCAUUUGGCCUCUACAUUAGUUAACUGUUACCUCUGAAACAUGCAUCUCGGAUUAAAGUGUUCUUGUUUAUAGGGGGAAGCUGCAUGCUGCAAACCCAAGGACUAGUUAAGGAAGCAGUGAUAGAUUCUAAAGUUUAAAUUUAAAUUAAAUGUUCAGUUCAUAAUUGACAGACUAAAGUAAUGGAAUGGAAAACCAAGAUAUAUAUUUUUAAACCUUACAGCCCUAGUAACUAACACUUUAAGCUUCUUCAUACAUCUUAAUUUACUGGCAGAUCUUAAGAUUCCUGGGGUUAUUCCUUCUGAUAACCAGACGAUAGUUGCUGCUACAAUUGAUUUAUAAAAAUAAACUGUUAACUCCAAUAUUGUACUGGAAGACAUUCUUAACUUGUUCUAAGUAUACCGUUUUUCUCAUUAAAGACAAUUUACCUCCAUAAACACACGGGUGAUAAGCUGUACAGCUGCAUUCUUCCUAAAACACGUUCUGUAUUGGCUUUAUCAGUUGCAUGUAAACGCACAGGUGCAUGCAUUAUUAAAUGUUUACAGAUUAUUAAUAUGCUGCCCCUUGGCAUUUAAUCUAUCACGUUUCUAUCAACUUCUAUCUAGUUUUAAAUCAUCUGUGAAGGGUUACAUGUGGGUUAUUUUAAUGGCAGUACAAUUUAACAUGUUUGUUUUUGGUACAACUUUGCCAUUUUACUAGUAGGAAACAGUGAAAUGUGUAUGUUCAUUUUCACAAGGAAAAUAAAGGCACUUCAAUUUUA